UAUAUUUAUUGCAAAUUUGAAACAAUAAUAAAGUCCAGUAAGAUUCCGCUAUUACCCUAAUUAACUGCACACAUAAUGAGCCUAUGUGCACUUGUUUGUUUAUGCAUGUAGUGGAAUUGGUACAACGGUCAGGUUUACCUUGACCACUUGUGCUUAUGUCACUCAUUCAUGUGUUCACGCACAUUGGUCUGCCACCCAGCUGUUCUUACACAAACUUUUCCAAGAAAACCACCAAUUAAAGUCUCAAAUGCCAAAUAUAAAUAAUAAUAUUAAAAUUGAGGUUUUCCCUUCAUACAUACAUAUAUUUUUAUGCAUGUAUCAGACUCAGCGGACAACUAAAGCAAAAUAAAUGCCACAAUCAACUUCACCUGCGACAAAUGGAGCUGUUUUUACCAGAUAAAAUGAAUAAGGACAUUUCGCCGAGACGCUUGCAAAGGCUGCCAAAAAACGGAGUUUAGAGAAAGGCAACAAAUGUGUCAGUCAGGCGAAGGAACUCCACAUCAUUAUGUCACAAGAGCGACUAUUCCGUCGACACUCGGAUCAGUCAGUCGGCGUCGACGCUCCAGAAGCGACAGACCUGCGGCGAAAGUCGUAAAUGCGCGCGAAAAGUUUACGCGAAAUGGCGGGAAAACUGUAACGACAAACUUUGGUGCUGAAAAAGAGUUUGUGAUCGAAAUAUAAUAAAUUUGUGUUGAAAUUGGAACGACGCUCGUGGAAUACAAUGAAAACUUUAACGUGGGAUGUGUGGCAUUGGUGCUGGCUGAUGAUGCUGAUGCUGCAGACUGCUGCGGCGGAGAAGUUCACGCUGGGCUACCUGACCGGCUCCAUGCGGCGACCUGGCGACCUCAACUACCAGCGACCUGGAAGGGUCAUUUCAGGAGCAAUAUCAAUGGCAGUGGAUGAAGUGAACGAGAAGCUCCUGGGCCCGAUGGGGCACUCGCUGGACUUCGUGGUGGCUGAAACAUACGGACAAGAAGAAGUCUCUAUAAAACAGGUGGCGGCGCUGUGGGCGGCCAACGUCUCCGCGUUCGUGGGGCCGCAGGAGACGUGCGUGCACGAGGGCCGGAUGGCCGCCGCCUUCAACCUGCCCAUGAUCAGCUAUUACUGCCGCGACGUGGCGAGCUCCAACAAGCGCGUGUACGCGACGUUCGCGCGCACGCGGCCCUCCGACACCGACGUGUCGCGCUCCGUGGUGGCCGUGCUCACGCACUUCCGCUUCAUGCAUGUCGCAUUUGUCUACCUGAAGGCGCCAAACCAUGAUUUCUCUCGCCUCGCUAACGCCAUCGCCGCCGCGGCAAGGGAGAAGCAGAUAUCUGUCAGGGCCAUACAAGCCUAUAGAGAGCCCUAUUUGUAUGAAAAUCAGAGGAAGAACUACAGUCGGAACCCGUUUAUUGAUAUUGUCCGGGAGACGUACAAAGAUACACGCAUCUACGUGUCGGUGGGGUACUACCACGACCACAUCGGCCUCAUGCUGGCACUGGAUGCGAUGCAGCUGCUCGACGCAGGAGAAUACGCGGCCAUAGGCGUGGACGUGGACCAGUACGACGCGGGGCAGGCGGCGCGCUACCUCUCGGGUCCCCUUCGCAAGGAGCCCUCGCCUCGGGCGCUGCGGGCCUUCAGGUCCUACUUGGCGGUGGCACCGUCGCCCUCCCCGUCGUACCCGGUGUUCGCGGCCGAGGUGAACAGGCGGCUGCAGCUCCCGCCGUUUAAUUUCACCAAUCCACUGCUCAGCUUCGGUGGCGGGAAAGUGAUCCCCGUGGAAGCGGCGUGGCUGCAUGACGCCGUGUGGGUCUACGCGCGCGCGCUGGCCGCCCUCCUCAGCAUGGGAGAAGACCCCCAUAAUGGACGAGCCAUAGCCGCCCAGAUGAGGAAUACUACGUAUCGGAGUGUGAUGGGGUACUGGGUGCACAUGGACGAGUGCGGCGACGCGGAGGGCAACUACACCGUGCUCUCAUUGGACAGCAGCAAGCCGCCCGGCCUGUACCCGCUAGCCGUGCUGCACAAACACGCGCCCGAGGUGGGUUUCCUGCGUGAGAUGAAGUGGCCCGGCGGCCGCGUGCCGCUGUCGGAGCCUCCGUGCGGCUUCCGAGGGGAGAAGUGUGUCAGCCACGUGGGGGCGUGGGCGCUGGGCGCGGCGGGCGGCGCCCUAGCCCUGCUGGCCCUGGCCGCCCUGGCCCUCUACCGCGGCUGGCGGUACGAGCAGGAGCUGGACUCGCUGCUGUGGAAGAUCGACUUCCGCGAUCUGCACCUGCCUGACGCCGACCAGAGGGGGAAUAAACUGAACAGCAAUGCCGCAGUGAACGGACCCGCGGCCAGUAACGGCGUCUCGGACAAGGCGACCAAUGGCGGCGCGGGGGGCGCGGGGGUCGCCGGGGGCGCGGGGGGCGUGCGCUCCAGCCAGGUGUCGCUCAGCUCUAACCCGGACCUGGACUUCAGAUACUCCGCCAUAUUCACCGAGGUGGCCCUGUAUAGGGGAAGGUUGCUGGCUGUGAAGAGAGUGCGGAAGCAGCAUAUCGACAUAUCGAGGGAUAUCAAGAAGGAGCUUAAGAUUAUGCGCGACCUGCAGCACGACAACGUGAACGGGUUCGUGGGCGCGUGCAUCGAGCCGCCCAACGUGUGCACGCUGUCCGAGUACUGCACCCGCGGCAGCCUUAAGGAUAUUCUGGAAAACGAAGACAUUAAACUGGACAACAUGUUCGUUGCAUCUUUAGUCGCCGACAUCAUUCGGGGCAUGAUCUUCAUCCACGAGUCCCCGAUCCAGUACCACGGCUCGCUGCGGCCGUCCAACUGCCUGGUGGACGCGCGCUGGGUCGUCAAGCUCACGGACUUCGGCCUGCACGCCUUCAGGCGGGGCGAGAUGCCGCCAGCGGAGCCCGCGCAGAUACGCUCGCAUAUUGAUAGUCUAGUAUACCUAGCCCCAGAGCUCCUACGAGCCAACGGCUGGAGCAACACCCCGUCCCCCCACCAGCCCAUCUACGACGGGUCCCCGGCAGCGGACGUGUACGCCUUCGCCCUGGUGCUUUAUGAGCUGCACACGAGACGGGGGCCCUUCGGCCCGGACGCCCCGGCGACCCCCACGCUGCUGCGGCAACUGGCCAACCCUGGCGCCACGCCUUAUAGGCCGCCCCUGGAGCCGCUAUCAGGGCGGUUCGACUGCGUGCGCGAGUGCUGCGUGGAAAGCUGGGCGGACGAGCCGGCGGCCAGGCCCGACUUCAAGGCGAUACGGACCAGGCUGAGGCCUCUCAGGAAGGGCAUGAAACCGAAUAUAUUCGACAACAUGAUAGCGAUGAUGGAGAAGUACGCCAACAACUUGGAGGCUCUCGUGGACGAGCGCACCGACCAGCUCGUGGAGGAAAAGAAGAAAACAGAGGCCCUCCUAGAGGAGAUGCUGCCGGCUCCAGUAGCCGACCAGCUGAAGCGCGGGCGCCGCGUUCUGCCAGAGAGCUACGACUCCGUGACCAUCUACUUCAGUGAUAUAGUCGGCUUCACCGCAAUGUCGGCUGAGAGCACGCCGCUUCAGGUUGUGGACUUCCUCAAUGAUCUUUACACGUGCUUCGACUCAAUAUUAGAAAAUUUCGACGUUUACAAAGUAGAAACUAUAGGCGAUGCUUAUAUGGUGGUAUCCGGCCUCCCCAUCCGCAACGGCGUGGCGCACGCGGGCGAGGUGGCGUCCAUGGCGCUGGCGCUGCUGGCCGCCACGCGCGCCUUCCGCGUGCGCCACCGCCCCGAGCAGCGCCUGCUGCUGCGGGUCGGACUGCAUUCUGGUCCCGUGUGCGCCGGCGUGGUCGGUCUGAAGAUGCCGCGGUACUGCCUCUUCGGAGACACCGUCAAUACAGCCAGUCGCUUCGAAUCUACCGGCGCCCCACUAAAGAUCCACUGCAGUUCCACCUGCAAGGCCCUUCUCGACCAACUAGGCGGCUACAUUCUCGAAGAACGAGGCAUCGUCUCUAUGAAAGGAAAGCGCGACCAGCUGACCUACUGGCUUCGAGGCGAGGAGCCGAAGGCGGCGGCGGUGCGGGCGCAGUACCGCGCGGCGAGGAGGGCGCGGGGGGUGCGCGGGGCGGGGGAGCUGCCCCCCCUGCCGCCCGCUGACAGGAGGGGGCAGCGGAGCUCGCUGAAGAACAGGAACUGGAAGAAUCAAGUUGGCGGGCUGCAUAGAUGCUGCAGUCUGGAAUCACCAAAGAAGCUGCGGUUCGCGCAGGGCAACAUGCUGGAGUCCCACACGGACAGCGUGCUGCACCACCGCAGCGACGAGUACCUUAUGGAGGUGAUAGGCGACGGCACGCUAAAGCCAUGCGUACACCGCGGCAACCUGCUCGAGGCACCCACGCUAAGGCACGAGCACACUAGCGCCUCCUGCCCCAUCAUCGAACACACGGAGAGCUCGCAACUCUUCACUCCAGCCCAUUCCACCAGCACCAUCGCUCCAGAGGAGACCAAGCCCUGCGACAUCAAGCUGGUCAUCAAUGGCUGUUCCUACGACGGGUCGGAUGAAGCGGGUUUACCGCUGCUGGGCGAAGGUCAGAAUCUUGUACUUACUUAAGUUUUAGCUGUACUUAAAUCAAGUUACACAUAAACACUGCCAUUUUGUAAGCGUAGCUAAUUGAUGCCUUGGUGUUCUUGUUCAUCAAUGGUUAGACCAGUUAUUUAGAUUGAAUUUACUGUCGCGGAUGUGACGAUUGCAUUUUAGAGUCGUUUAGCCUAUCAACUCCGUGGGCCAGACACAUAAUGUCUGAUUUCACGGAUUCCAGUGGUUAGUGUAACCAUGACAUUUUGAUCUGCUUUAUUUUGUAAUGAAUGCGAAUAUUUUAUUAGGCUAAUUUAGUUUAGAACACUAGUCAGCAUAUAAAUCUAUGUACUUAAUCGAAACUAUCUUUGAAAGGUCAGUUUAUUUAUAUUUUGUGUCUAAAUAAUCUACGUACUUUUAUGAUUAGUUUAAUAUCGCGUAAGUUUAAGGCCGAUCGCCCACUAGGACUUUUUGUAGCACGCGUAUUCGCAUUUGCAACGCGGCUUAGUAGCGAUGUUAAC